UAUAGAUGGCGGACUUGGAAGCGGCGAUCCGGCGGGUGAGAGAGGAGCUCCGGAGGAGAGGUACAGGAUGGCUGGAUCAGCAGCUCCACGGCGAUGCGGCCGGGACGUCGGCUGCGAUCGCAGCGCCUCCGCGGACGUGCGGGAGGAGGUCCAGGGCGCCGUCCAGAGUGAGCCCAGAUGCGAUCCCACGCUCCCGGCGCCGGCAAGAGAGCCCCGCCAGGGACCCUCCGGUGAGGCCUGCUGCUGCUCCCACAUCUGAGUGCGGUGAGUCUGCCGGGAGGAAUCUCGUGCUGGGGAGGGGAGUGGUGGUGCCGGCGCGUGCAGAGCAGGGGCGCUCUGCAAGAAGACGCAGCAGGAGGGGAGAGGCAGAGCUACUGACGGCUGGUCCCAGUGCGGAGGCUCCGUGCACUGGGAGGGCCCGGCGGUCGGAAGUGGACGGGAGGGUAUCGCCAGCGGCCCGGCGGGGCGCGGAGCUGGAAGCUGAAGGGGUCUGGAGGGCCUGCGGACGGACCUCGGGACACACUGCGGCGCCUGAAGGGACGAGGCGCCGGCAGGAUCCGUCUCCAAGACGGCGUCUGGCUUCUGGUCGGGAGGCGCGGGGGGAGCGUGUGGCUAGCUCCGCCCCCGGGGCUACAUGCACUAGCGAGGAGGUAUCCGGAGACGAGAGGGAUGGAGGCGGAGCCUCUCCCGUCUCAGCUGCAGAGGAUGUCGCCGGGGAUGAAAGCGAUGACCUGCGACCUGCGGUGGCCAGUGUGGUGGUGCCGCCAGCGGCCGCCCGGGGAGGCGGUGCGACGGGUCAAGAACUGACUGGGGUGAGAUCCGGAGGAGGCGCGACGCGUCGAGGCCAAGGAGGAGUGGCGACCGCUGGGCUGUCCGCCCCAGAGAGGUUGGGGGGUCAGCCGUGCUUGGUCUGGAUCGUGGGACAUUCGUACGUGAGGCGUGGGGCCUCGCGCGCUGAUGUUCGCCCGGCUGGGAGGCAGUUGGGUCUGGACAGGGAACAGGCUCAGGUGCGGUGGAUUGGUCAAGGGGGUUUGCAGUGGGCGGGACUGCUCCCCCUCUUGCAAACACACGCGGCGCUGGACAGGCCCCCCAACGUGUUGGUAGUCCACCUAGGCGGCAAUGAUCUUGGGGGUCGGACGGCCAGAGCCUUGAUGCGGGAUAUUAAAUUGGACAUGCUGCGGAUCUGGUCGUCCUUCCCCGGGAUCGUGGUGGUCUGGUCGGACAUUGUGGCGCGGUUCAAGUGGAGGGAGGCGCGUUCGGUCAUCCGACUGAAUAAGGCGAGGGCCAAGGUUAAUCGGGUGGUGAGUCGUUUCAUGGCGCGGAAUGGGGGCCUGGUAGUGCGCCACCGGGAGUUGGAGAGUCCUUCCUGGGAUUUUAUGGACGCUGACGGGGUCCAUCUGAACCCCUUGGGGAUGGAUUUGUGGGUUCUGGAAAUUAGGGAGGUGGUAGUGAGAGCAGUCGGGUUGUGGGUGGCCGGCCGUGAGUGA